AUGACUACCAGGAAUCUUCAAUUGAUCCAUGUCGUCUACUUCAUCAUAAAUGUGACUGCCUUUCCUCGCAAUGCGUCCCUUUCUCUAACUGGAAUAGGUGAUGGGAUUCGACCAAAAUGCGGCCGAUGUCUGCGAACAGGGCGAGCGUGUCUAAGAGGCGAGAAGCGAAUGCAGUUCCGACAAGCUAAAGACCGUGGAUUUCGGACUCGAUUCCCGCGUAAUCAAGUUUGGUUAAAGCCGCCACCUCGAGUGGAUUUUAUCCUCGAAUCAGGAAGCGGUGAUACAGUGGAUGACAUAGAACAGCCAUUGAAAAUUGACAACUCGGAACACGCGAAUACUACAGUGGACUCGGACACCGUUCAAGUCAACUAUGAGCAACUCGAAACUACAAGCUUAGAGACGCCGUCUCUUCCUCCAACAGAGUUAGAGUCAGAUCAAUAUCCCUACUUACCAUCGUUUGACUGCACGGAUCGACAACAGCAUUUUGCGGUCCAUAUACCAUAUCGCGCACGCUAUUGUGAUACCUUGUUCAACGCAAUCAUGGCUUUAUCCGCUCGCCACCUCAGCCAUACGGCCCAAUUCGAUACCUUCCUGUCAGAUCAUUACUACCAGGCAUGUCUCGAGACAUUGAUACCUUCAUUGAAUGAUCACGAGGUUACCAUGGAUGAUGACUUACUCGCUGCUACUGUGAUUCUCAGACUGCUGGAAGAAUUUGACGUCCCACUCGCAGGGUCGGAUCUUCGUGGUCACUCUUUUGGUACCAAAGCGUUUAUUCAGGGUCCUCCUCCAUCAAUGACUACAACUCCAAGCCUACGACAAGCCGUUUAUUGGAGUGGUCUGCGCCAAGAGAUUUACAAUGCUUUGAGUCUACAACAAGCUCCGGAUAUUGAUCUGAGCUCCCUGCACUCUUUAUUCACCGCACUAGGUCCAGAUGCUGGAGACUGUGCCUGGGCCAACCAGUCGAUUGCUCAUUGCGCUGACGUUCUUCUUUUCUGUUUUGGCACGGGCCCGCGGUCUGUGGGUGUGUAUGAAACCCUGCGCAAACAGUACGAGCAAUGGAGUGAAGCUCGUCCAUCAUCUUUUGACCCAUAUUUUGUAGGUGGCGAUGAAGUGGAAGUGGGUGCAUCGUUUCCUGAUAUUCGCUUUAGCUCUCCCUGGCAUGCGAUUGGGAACCAGUAUGCAGAACUUGCACGGAUUCUCCUCGCCGUCCAUGACCCUACUAUCCCGACUGUAGGACCUCUACGAAGGCGGGUUGUACAAGAAGCUGAUUCGCGAAUCCGCAAGGGGGUGGCGACCGAUUUGCAGAUCGGCAGGAACAAGAACGAUUAA